AUGACGAGCGAGGAGUGUCCUGUGCCGCUGGGGAGCAUUUCCUCAGCAGGGCCAGGGCAGAGUGAGGAAUACGGCUUGGCGCAGGCUGAUGACAUCAUUGAGGAAGUGGGUUCAGGUGAUGACGUCAGUAUCGGCAGUGACCUAAGCACUCUUGUGUUGCCCUACCCAGAGCUGGCACCUGUGGUCUUCUUCUGCCUAAAGCAAACCACCUGUCCUCGCAACUGGUGCAUCCGUAUGGUCUCCAGUCCGUGGUUCGAGAGGAUUAGCAUCAUGGUGAUCCUGCUCAACUGUGUGACACUGGGCAUGUACCAGCCCUGUGAGAACAUCGACUGCACCUCGGACCGCUGCCAGAUACUGCAGGCCUUUGAUGCAUUCAUCUACAUCUUCUUUGCGUUGGAGAUGGUGGUAAAGAUGGUGGCUCUUGGGAUCUUUGGCCGCCGCUGUUACCUGGGAGACACCUGGAACAGGCUGGACUUCUUUAUUGUCAUGGCCGGGAUGGUAGAGUACUCACUGGACCUGCAGAACAUCAACCUGUCGGCCAUUCGGACAGUGCGGGUCCUUCGGCCACUCAAAGCCAUCAACAGAGUGCCAAGUAUGCGCAUCCUGGUGAACCUGCUGCUAGACACUCUACCCAUGCUAGGCAAUGUGCUGCUGCUCUGCUUCUUCGUCUUCUUCAUCUUUGGCAUCAUCGGCGUGCAGCUGUGGGCGGGGCUACUGAGGAAUCGCUGCUACCUGGAGGAGAACUUCACCCUCUCUUCAGGUAUGACCCCGCCUGCUCCGUACUACCAGCCUGAGGAGAAUGAUGAACGCCCCUUCAUCUGCUCCUUGGCAUCUGAUAAUGGCAUCAUGUCAUGUGCCGAUGUGCCGGCGAGGCGCGAAGGAGGACGCACAUGCUGCCUGGACAGGGAGGACGCGCUCCACAGACAGGCUCUGGGCUUGAUGGGUCUUUGCAUCAACUGGAACCAGUAUUACACUCGAUGCCACACAGGAAGUGGUAACCCCCACAAAGGUGCCAUCAACUUUGACAACAUUGUCUACGCCUGGAUCGUAAUCUUUCAGGUGAUCACUCUGGAGGGCUGGGUGGAGAUCAUGUAUUAUGUAAUGGAUGCCCAUUCCUUCUACAACUUCAUCUACUUCAUUUUACUCAUCAUUAUUGGUUCAUUCUUCAUGAUCAACCUGUGCCUGGUGGUUAUUGCCACCCAGUUCUCGGAGACCAAACAGCGGGAACACCAGCUGAUGCAGGAGCAAAGGGCGCAGUGCCUGUCCUCCUCCACCCUGGCCAGCAUGGCUGAGCCGGGAGAUUGCUACGAGGAGAUAUUCCAGCUGGUUUGCCAUGUCCUUCGCAAGGCCAAGAGGAGAUCGGCAGCUCUCUACUACACUCUGAGGGGCAUACCCCCGCCACCUGGUGGAGGCAGGGGUUACAGGCGUGGUGGAGGGAAUGUGAACGGAGAGAGGCAUCAUUCCAGGCACCCAAAAACAUCCCACUGUCCGCACCAGAGCAAGCAAGACCACAGCUCUCAGCCACUAGCCAACUCCAUCAGUCUGCCUGUCCCUCAGAACCCUGAGGACUGCCCUAUAUGUGCAUUAUCACUGAAAGAGGGGGCGAGGGCUGUGGGAGACUCCGCCAACAGGGAGGAAGAUAAUGAGGAUGCAGUGAAAGAGACGGGCAAGGAGGAGAACCAUCUAGAGGAGAGGGGAGAUGGAGAGAGGAAGAGGAAGAGGACAUGCUUUGGAUAUUGUAAAGACAUUUGGAAUGAUAUAAGGAGGAAACUUUGGGGCAUUGUAGAGAGCAAGUACUUCAGCAGGGGCAUUAUGAUCGCUAUUCUCAUCAACACCAUCAGUAUGGGCAUCGAGCAUCAUAACCAGCCCGAAGAGCUUACCAAUGUCCUGGAGAUCUGCAACAUUGUCUUCACCAGCAUGUUCACCUUGGAGAUGGUCCUCAAGCUGACUGCUUUUGGCUUCUUUGAGUACCUGAGGAACCCCUAUAACAUCUUUGACGGCAUUAUUGUCAUCAUCAGUGUGUGUGAGAUCAUCGGCCAGGCAGACGGCGGCCUGUCAGUGCUGAGGACCUUCAGGCUGCUGAGGGUCAUUAAGCUGGUGAGGUUCAUGCCUGCGCUGAGGCGGCAGCUGGUGGUGCUGAUGAAGACUAUGGACAACGUGGCCACUUUCUGUAUGCUGCUUAUGCUCUUCAUCUUUAUCUUCAGUAUCCUGGGGAUGCACAUCUUUGGUUGUAAGUUCAGUCUGAAGACAGAGGCUGGAGACACAGUGCCUGACAGGAAGAACUUUGACUCCCUGCUCUGGGCCAUUGUCACAGUCUUUCAGAUUCUGACUCAAGAGGACUGGAACAUGGUGCUGUACAAUGGGAUGGCAUCCACCUCGCCCUUUGCUGCUCUCUACUUCGUAGCUCUUAUGACAUUUGGAAACUAUGUGCUCUUCAAUUUACUGGUGGCCAUCUUGGUUGAGGGUUUCCAGGCUGAGGGUGAUGCAAACCGCUCUUACUCGGACGAUGACAGGUCUUCCUGUAAUUUUGAGGAGAAUGAUAAGCAGAAAGACUCUCUGCAUCUCUCAGACCCAAAGAUCUGUACAUUAACCCCUAAUGGGCACCUGGACUUGUCCCCACUGGCCCAUGGACUGUUUCCAGGAGAAAGGUUGACCUUUGCUCUUGGUUCCAGGAGGAACAGUGUUAUUUCUCUGGGAAGGGCCAACUUGGAGCAGAGGGCUAUGUAUUCAGGUCGAAGUUACCACAACUGGGGCCGCCCUCUGCCUACCCAGCCUCAGGCCUUGUGGGCCCGUCGCUCCAGCUGGAACAGCCUGGGGGGAUGCCGCCCCUGCUCCUCCUCUUCUCCCUCCGCUAGUCCAGCCUUCACCCCCACCUCUGCAAGGCCCUUCUAUGGCUAUGGCCUGGGGGGUCUUGGUGGAGUAGUCGGAGGAAGCCUUCGUAUCCGGGGUCCCCGUGCCUCUUCAUCCCCGCACCGCCACCUCCAUCAUGUCCACCCGGAUGAGGAGGAGUCUCUCCUCUCUCCUCCCGCUGUCGCUCCACGCUCUCUUCACCUUCCCCACCCUAUGCUCCCAGGCCACUUUGUACCCAGGAGGGACCGCAGAGCUCUAUCACUCGAGCUGCCCCACCUAUUGCAGGUCCCAGGACCCCCGCACCCUCCACUGCCACCACACCACCCGCUGCCCUCUAUUACGCUCCAUGCUCAUCACAGGAAGAAGAGCUUCUCUGGGGGGAUGGUAAUCAGUGGAGGUGGUGGUGGCGGUGGGCUAGACGGUCUGGGUGGCUUAGGAGGGGUACACCAAGACUGUAAUGGGAAAACUCCUCUGUCUCAGCAUCUCCAGCCCCAUCCUAGACACCACACUGAGCAUUCUGGAGGGGCGAACCCCCAGAGCCAACUGAUGGCCGACGUCUUCCCCCAGGUUAACACACGCAGCAAGGACCGGGAGGACCUAGACGAUGACAUUGAAUAUAGCUUGUGCUUCCGCAUCCAGAAGAUGUUAGAAGCGUACAAACCAGACUGGUGUGAGAGCAGAGAAGACUGGUCUGUCUUCCUAUUCUCCCCACGGAACAAGUUCAGACAGAUAUGCCAGUCCAUCAUAGCCCAUAAGCUGUUUGAUUAUGUGGUGUUGGCCUUCAUCUUCUCCAACUGCAUAACAGUAGCUCUGGAGAGGCCCAAGAUACUACAGGGCAGCUUGGAAAGAGUAUUUCUCACCAUCUCCAACUACAUCUUUACUGCCAUCUUUGUGAGCGAGAUGACACUCAAGGUGGUUUCCAUGGGUUUGUAUGUGGGUGAGCAGGCUUAUCUGCGGAGCAGCUGGAACAUUCUGGAUGGCUUCUUGGUUUUUGUGUCUUUGAUUGACAUUGUCGUGUCCAUGGCGGGUGGGGCCAAGAUCCUUGGUGUGCUUCGAGUCCUCAGGCUGCUCAGAACAUUGCGUCCCCUCAGGGUGAUUAGCAGAGCUCCAGGUCUAAAGCUGGUAGUGGAGACACUCAUCACCUCCCUCAAACCCAUUGGCAACAUUGUGCUCAUCUGUUGUGCAUUCUUUAUCAUCUUUGGCAUUCUUGGGGUACAGCUGUUUAAAGGCAAGUUCUUCUACUGCUUCGGCCCUGACGUGAAAAACAUCACCAACAAGUCUGAUUGCCUGCAAGCUAGCUACAAGUGGGUCCACCAUAAGUACAACUUUGACAACCUAGGACAGGCUCUGAUGUCUCUGUUUGUGCUCGCCUCUAAGGACGGCUGGGUCAACAUUAUGUAUCAUGGCCUGGAUGCUGUGGCUGUGGACCAACAGCCGGUGACCAACAACAACCCGUGGAUGCUGUUGUAUUUCAUCUCCUUCCUCCUCAUCGUCAGCUUCUUCGUCCUCAAUAUGUUUGUUGGCGUUGUGGUGGAGAACUUCCACAAGUGCCGCCAGCAUCAGGAAGUGGAGGAGGCCAAAAGGCGCGAGGAGAAGCGUCAGCGGCGCAUGGAAAAGAAGAGGAGAAAAGCCCAGAAGCUGCCCUACUUUGCCAGCUAUGGCAACAUACGCCUGAUGAUCCACACACUGUGCACAAACCACUACCUGGACCUCAUCAUCACCUUCAUCAUCUGCAUCAAUGUCAUCACCAUGUCCUUAGAGCACUUCAAUCAACCUCAUUCUCUGGAUCUCGCCCUGAAGUACUGCAACUAUUUCUUCACCUCCAUGUUUGUGCUGGAGUCAGUGCUCAAACUCAUCGCCUUCGGCUUCCGCCGCUUUUUCAAAGAGAGGUGGAACCAGUUGGACCUCGCCAUUGUGCUUCUGUCAGUGAUGGGGAUCACCCUCGAGGAGAUCGAGAUAAGUGCUGCCUUGCCCAUCAACCCCACAAUCAUCAGGAUCAUGAGAGUACUGAGGAUAGCACGAGUGCUGAAGCUGCUGAAGAUGGCGACAGGAAUGAGAGCCCUGUUGGAUACAGUGGUCCAAGCCCUGCCUCAGGUGGGUAACCUGGGCCUGCUCUUCAUGCUGCUGUUUUUCAUCUACGCCGCCUUAGGAGUAGAGCUAUUUGGAGAACUUGUUUGCAAUGAAGACUACCCUUGUGAGGGAAUGAGUCGUCACGCUACCUUUGAGAACUUUGGCAUGGCCUUCCUUACCUUGUUUCAAGUCUCCACGGGCGACAACUGGAAUGGCAUCAUGAAGGACACAUUGCGGGAGUGCCCACCAGACCAUGGCACUGAUGUGGACUAUGCCUGCAAUCCUAGCCUUCAGUUUAUCUCGCCCAUGUACUUUGUCUCCUUCGUGCUCACCGCCCAGUUCGUGCUCAUCAAUGUGGUGGUGGCCGUGCUGAUGAAGCACCUGGACGACUCCAACAAGGAGGCCCAAGAGGAGGCGGAGAUGGAUGCAGAAAUUGAGCUGGAGCUGGCCCAGGGCACCCUCUGUUGCAUGGGCGCCCCCAGCUGCGGGGGUGGGAGGGUGGAGAAAGGACUAGUCGCUGCUGGACCUGGAGGCACAGCGGGGAGGGAUAGAGGAGGUCCGAUUGGGGAGAAGGGAGAAGGAGUGAGGAAGAUGCGACAUUCAGCAGGCAGUGUGCACCCAGGAGCGUACAGCUCCCAUGACUCCAGCCGGACCCUAUACUCACCAUCACAAGUGAGUGUGUGCAUUUCUGUGUUUGUAAAUGAAGGCUUAGACAUGAAUAACAGAGGUACAUUUUUGCAGCAGAUAAAAAUGGCAGAGAUUGAGCAGGCAUCACUGAAGUCAGAGCAACUGUCAGACAAGUCCUCAUCCCCCACCCUGCCAGAUGACCUCAGCCUGGAUGAACAUACUGCCUACCAGCUACUGGUGAGAGAGGGCAAGGGAAGGUGCAGCAGUGACUCCCGCAGCUCUGAGGAGGCUGGAGGUGGAGGGAGUCAUGCAGGAGGCCACCAGACUCAAACCGUGGUGCAGAGCCAGGUGCAGGGGUUGGGCCAGCCAUGCCGGGCCCUGAGCACUGGCAUUGAGGUGGAGAUUGCACUACAGGAGAUGGAGAUGCAAACACAGCAACCACAUAUGCAUUCACCUCAUUGUAGCCAUAGUGGUGUUUCCAGCAGCAGCAACCAGGAAAGAAACAAAGGAGGAGGAGGAGCAGCAGCCAGUGGCAUUUCUCCUCUCUUCCAUCUGCCUGCAGAGUUCUUCCACCCUGCAGGAGCAGCCAUCCCAGCACCUCACCGCAGUAGGAGCUUACGGUUGUCGAGGGGCCUUAGACUGACCUCCCCAGACUCAUGGGCUUCGCUCCGCUCCCCAGGAGCCCAUAGCAAGAUGCUCUGUACACAGUGCCCAUCCCAUAGUGACUCGUCCCUUGCCACAGGCAGCUCUGAGGGCAGCCUCCAGACCACGCUGGAAGAGGGACUGAGCUUCAGCAUCUCUCCACCACAGAACUUGGAGUUGCAUUUGCCAACAGCUCCCUUACCACUUCUGUGCCCGCUCCCGCUGCCUGAAGACGGCACUGCCAUUUCCUCCCCAGUUCAGACCCUGAGACCAAGGCCGAGCCCCUCAUCAGCCCUCACCCUCCAGGCCACCAGGGGCCACCAGCGGAGCCAGAGCAGUGGCCGAGGAAGCACCAGCCCGGGCUACACCCGUGACGACUCAAUUGACCCUUCGGACGAAGACCUGGGAAUAGGUAUUGGAUUGUCAAUUGGUGGCUGUGGCUCCAGCCAAGCGGGCAACAGUGAACACUUGUCAGAGACACUAAGCAGCUUGUCGCUGACAUCACUGCUGUCCCCCAGCUCCCUGGUGUACCCGGGAGGAGCAGUGAAGAAGUGCAACAGCACAGGCAGCCUGGACCAAGGGGGGAUGCUGCUGUCAUCCCGGGGCAGGGAGGGCCGCAGGGAGAUUCUGGGCUUGGAGCUUAUGGACCCCCAAGGCUUCUUGGCCAACCCCUGGACAGGGGUAUUAGUUGAUACAAGAAGAGGAGAAGGAAGAGUGGAAAUAGGAGAUGGCGAGCAAGGGUUUAAAGGGAAGAGCUCAAGCCAAACAGCAGUAGGGCCUUGUCGGAAAAACAGAUGAAACCUACCCACUCUUUCUUUGUCUCUCCAUUCCUUGGAUCUUAACCCAUAGCUGUCCCCUCUCACUCUCUCUGCUUCCAUCAGUGAGAGAGAGGCUUGAUGACACAUGAUGUCCCGUAUUCCAAAUCCAAACCUUCAUCUUGCCCCCUCAACCCUUUUUUGAUACAUUUGUGACAAGCCCAUGUCCUGUUUUGUGCUAGCUAGGGGAGUGGUUUUGGGUAUAGACUGCUGGUGAGGAAGUGGCCUGCAGAGUUAAGGGCUGAAGAUAAAUCCUUAAACACUCUUAGGGGCUGUACCUGUAGAGGAGGACAUGGAAGGUUCUGCUCACAUUGGAAGACCAGGAGGCCCAUUCAUAUCAGGGAGUCAAUAGGAGCAGAGACAAAAGAGCUAAAACUUAAAGACACAAGAAAAGAGGCCUGUUGUUGCUCUACCGUUUCCUUUUCCCUGUGUCGGCUUGGGUUCACUGAGGUUGGAAAUGCCAAAAAUAGAAGUACCCAAACUGAAAUAGCUAUACAUGCCAGCAGAGACUGUUUUGAAUCGUUUUUUUGUCUCAGAGGCAGUGCAGCGAGUAAGUGGGAGGAGGCACGGAAAUGGCGGAAUAUAUUAAGGCGGAAGGAAGGCUGGGAAAGGAGAAGGCAAGUCAUUUGUUUGGCUCGGAAAGCAGAAAGCGGAUCUAAUGUCCAUCUGUUCUGGCAGACGGAAACAACACAGGUCCUACUCACUCUGGCACAGGACCUUCUGCUGAGUUCAGAGUAAAAUGCAAGGUGGAGGAGAGUUCAAGAGUUUGUGAUCAUAGUGUGUGUGUGAGAGCACUGCCUCAGGUCCGUCCAAGGCAUGAAUUAAAUAAUCGUUAUCACUUCACCACACCUCUGUGUUUUUGAAACAGGAGCUAGGUAUUGUCCGAUCAAAGCUCCGUGCCUCUGUCAACCGAGUCUUGAGUGGCAGCAGAAAAUGCAAAGAAAUUGACAGAUUGCGGAGGUAUAAAGUGCAUGGAGUGAUUCGUGAAAGUGUUUCUUUUUUUAUUUCUAUCUCCAGUAUCUUUCACUCAUUCAGACAUGACAAAAUGAGUAUGAAAGAGAGCUAGGUUGGAUAGAGCUUUACAAACCCCAUCAGAAGAAACAAAGAUGUGUGCAUGGGGCAGCCUUGUGUGUGCACCAACACAUGGUUCACAGCUACUUAUAAAUAAAGUGAGACUUCAAGCACACUCCUUUUGACACUACUUCCUCCCACCAUGCUUAAGGAUCUGUGAUGAAUGGACAAACCCACAAGAGUUGCGAGGGACCUUGACUGCAUGAUGGAAUUGCAUUUAACCAAUUUUUUUUAUCUGUAUACAGAAGUGUAUCAAGAUGUCAAUGUUGGGUGAUAACCAUGUGAUUUCUAUCCCACUAUUUUUGUAGAAAAAGAGAUAGGCACAUGCAAGUGUUGCCGUUACUUUGUCCCUAUUUCAUUCAACCCAUACGAUCUCUUUGACUUGUUGUCUAGGACUUUUUGUCUGCCAGUGGCUUCCAGUUUUAUAACAUUUUUAAGGUGUGGACGGUGUAUAAAACAACAAAGCAAAAAAUUUCAAACUAACUUUUGUGCGCUGAAGUGAUUGUUCCCUCCAGCAAAUUUCUCUUUGGGAACACUGUUUCCUCAUGAUUUUUUUUUUUUUUUUUUUUCAAAUGUUGGAGUCCCAUGGGACAACCAGAGAUGAGAAGAGCCAUAUUCACUCAGCACAUGAGGAUCGUUCCAGCUCAUAGACAUUCCUACUGGCUGCACACAGGGAACUUUGUUUGCUUUUAGCCUCCUAUGCUAAAAACCAUGAAUAGCGUAAACCAUCUCUAUUAAAACUUUAAUUUGAGAAUUACACCACAACAUAUCGAUUAUGGACACAUUAGUGUUCCUUAAGCAUGGUUCUGGGAUUGCAAUACAGUAUGCUUUUUCUAGAAAUGACACCCUGAUGCACUCAUCUUCUCUUCCCCAUCUCUUCGCACAUACAGUAUGUUGUAGC